CAAGACGUCCAAACGUUAUUGAGAGCUCAGGCUAUGAAGCUAUAUUGAAGCUACUCAGUGCCCAAAGAGCAGCUGUUAUACUAUUCACAAACACUUGUAGUAAUGUAAACUGUGUUGGCAUGACCAUAAUGUAUGGCUAUAUGGCAGGCGGGCUACAAUCAGAAAUUCUACCAAUAUCAUAAAACGUCUAACGCCAACCUUGAAUAGUCUUGGUUCUAAUUGGGUUGCCAAAUGAAGCCAUAAUUGUGAUCAAACCUAUUUAUCCUACAAUAUCAACGUCGCCAUCAGUAUAAAUGAGGCACCAGUUGAGGCUUAUGUAUUUUUCUCCGUUCUAUUUAAUUUGGUACCAUAGAAGUAAUUUUUUGUGGCGCCUUAAUUAAUAAUUAUGCCUCGAGGCGUAUCCACACGAGGGAUAUGGUAAUUUAAAGCUGACCGUGUGUGUGUGUGUAUUCCAGUUGUAACUCUGUAACUGCUCAACGGUUGCAAUGCGACUAAAACGAACAGUUUCUCAGUUUCCAUAAGCUUCUAGCAUGUUCUUUUGGCACUGUUUUUAAUAGCCACUUGAGAUGUGGGUGUUUUACACACAUAUUGUACUCAGACAACAACGGGUUUGUAUGGGCUGUAUAGUAGUUGCUCUCCCAUUCAUGCACUCCUAGCUGCUAUUACUUGGCACUAGCCUCAUGAAUCAGCCGCCGUUCUUUUGGUGGUUCCAAAAGAACGGCGGCUGAUUCAUGAGACUAACUUGGCACACGCACAAGUGAUUACCUAACAGUUUACACGUUGCUAGUGACGUAUUUAGCGAAUGGAAUGUGCAUGGGAAUAGGAUACUCCUUAAGUUUUGAUUGUACUCGGUGAUUUAUGCCCCUUUCCCUGGUUUUUUCCCUGGUUUUUUCCCCACCGGCCAAGUAUUCACUCAAUUCUAUCUUUUCCCUGGUUCUUUCCCUAUAGGUUUGUGAUCGUUAUAACUCUAUAUAUAGAUCUAUUAUUGUAACACUAUACUGUUUCAUCUGCUGUUAUAAAAGAAGAGCAUGAAUUUGCAUGUAUAACAGUAUGAUAUAACUUGCAGGACGAUUAUAUAUCAUUAUUGAGUAAUGGCAACAAGACAGACAAAGUCAAAGAAACAAUGUGAGGCAUCGAAGGAUAAGCCAGAUCGCGGCUUAGGAGAUCGUAUCAAAGAUGGCAUCGGAGCUGCAGCAACUGGAGUGAAAAAUAUGGCUUCCAACUUUCUCCAGGCAUUCAAGGGAAAAGAUCCUCACCAUCCCUUCAAGAUGCUGCUCAUCGGUGAAACUGGAUCUGGCAAGACUUCGUUCCUCAACCUUCUCUACAACUGUGGUACUGUGCAGGCUCUUGGCUGUGGGUUCGGAACUGAGGCUCUUGAGCAAUUCAAACAAUUCAAUGACAUCAAGCUUGAGAAUGCACAAUCACUUUCUAUGGAGAGCAAGACUGAUGAUGCUACACUCUACAAUGUGGAAGUCGGUGCCUUGAAGGUUGGGGUGAUUGACACUCCUGGAUUUGGUGAUUCUCGUGGCUUCAUGCAGGAUAAAACGAAUGCACAACGAAUCAUCAGCGCCCUCAAGAAAGAAGAGUACAUCAACUGUGUCUGCCUGAUCAUCAAUGGUCGUCAAGCUCGAGCAAGUGCUUCAUUGAAGUAUGUUCUUUCUGAGAUUACUGCCAUCCUGCCGAAAGGUAUCCUUGACAAUGUGAUUGUUGUGUUCAGUAACACAGCCGACCCUCUGGACCUCACUUUUGAUGCAAGCUUGCUGAUGGAGUAUUUUGGAAAGGAAGUUAAGACUAUCUUCUUUGUUGAAAAUCCGUACUGUCGGUUUGAGAAAGCGAAAGCGAAAGUGGGUCAACUAGGCAAAGAUAGAGUGGCUAAGAGCUUGAAAAACGCUUUCGAACAAACCUCAGAAGUCCUUACUGAGAUGUGUGAGACCAUCAAAGAUUUCCCUGAAGUUCACACGCAUCGCUUCAUUGAGCUCUACGAAAAGAAGAAAGCUAUCGAGAAGAGUGUUUUAGCCUCGCUAACAGCCUAUGACAAUCAGAUGAUGUUGGAGAAGUCUCUCAAAGAUGUCAAGGCCGAAGUUGACGCGGCGGUGAAAUCGAAGACCCUCAAUAAAAACUUCAAAACUGUACAGCGAUUCAAAAAAUGGGUUGUAGAGGGAACUAACGACCACAACACCCUUUGUGGGAAAAAAGGUUGCCACAGCAAUUGCCAUGUGUCUUGUUCUCUUCCAAAGUCAUUUGAUAAAGAAGUGUUCAAGCGUUGUGCGUGUAUUCGAGGAGGCGAGCUGUGCAAGGUGUGUGGCCACAGCUACACCUACCACUAUCAUGAAGAGUCUCUCUUCAGAGAAGAAGAUGUUGUACAGGAUCUUAUUGCUGAUGAUAUGAAAGACAACUUUGUAAAAGCAGAAAGCGAUGAGGAGCGAGCUAAAAUGCUGUACAAAAAUCUUGAAAAAGAAUUGCAGAAGUCUAUAGCAGCAAGAAAGAAAUUGUCAGUUAAACUUUCUAAAGAUAUCGCAGAAUUUGAGUCAUUGGGUGCGGCUCGCAACUAUACCAAGCUGAUUGAAAACCAACUAGCUGUGAUCGAGAGCCAUCUUGAAGGCACCGUUGGCACUGAUACAGAUGAUCUCCGCAAGACCAGAGAUGAGAUGGUGAAGAGGCUUGAAGUGAUUCGAGCUGCUAAGUCUGAAAGCAUAAACUACAACUCUGAAGUAUAUUAGAUAACAGUAGUAUAUAAUAAUAGUGAGUAACUGAUGCGUUAUACAUUGCAUGACGCAUCUUAUUUUAUUCCUGUUGUGUAUAGUUUUUAGUUAUGAUCUAGCAUGAGAUCGAGAGAUCAAAUGAGUGUGACAAUAUCAACUAUUUUAAGAGUCA